AUGCGGCCUCGUAUACUUAACUACCGUCUUACAACUAGUAUACGGAGUGCAGAAAACUUCGGUUAUGGGGCAGCUAUUUUUGCUUCUCGCGAUUUCGCAACCUGGUUGGAAGAUGAGAACUUUGUACGCAGCGUGCUUGGAGGUCUCUUUAAGUCGACGAUUGGCAUGCAGGAUAACCCAAUCCCCAUCAAUGUUUUGUGUGCAGUAACCGACGGACUUACUCCAGGACGACUAUUCAGCGAGCCUCGGACAGGUCUCUCGAUAUUAUAUGGCUCGAACGACAUUCUCCCUGGCAUAUGGUCUACCGACGAUGUUGGAUCAAAUAUCGGCCAGGAUAGAGAGUCUUCCGUGUCGUUCCUAUCAGAUCCCCUACCUAAGGAUACCAGGCCGCUCGAGAUCGCAUUACCGCUAGCAAAUACGAUUUUCCAAAAUGGGAGACGAUCCACCUUAUUUGCAAGCAGAUGGCAGCGUGAUGAGGAGGGUUCUAUGGGGCGUACUGAUAUAGAAGAGAAACAACAUCAAAGAAUAUGUCUCCGUGUUUCUUCGGAGGGUCAUAUAAAGCCCAUCUUACCUUUGUUACCGUUGACUCCCCCUCGAAAGAUUGUUGCUGGGUUAGGUAAUAUCGUUCGACAGGUCGAAGUCAACGGUACUACAACACCGGCGUCAAAAGAGUUAGAAGCUCUAAUACCGAAAGUUUUCGACACGAGAUCUGAACGGGACAUAUCAUACUUACCCGGACCUAUUGGAGUAUGGUGUUGGGUCAUACCUCCGGAUGUUGUGGAAAAGCAUAACCUCCUUGGCCUAAAAGUCUUCGAAGCUAAAUCAUCUCAGUCGGAAGCGGAAUUAUCGCUCGAGGUUAUGAAUGUGUUUUCUGAGCUACUAUCUUCUGGAUGCCGAUUGCAUAAAAUUCUUAGUGGAGGAGGAGGCUGGGGCCUCAAACAAGGACUACUCUCGCUCGAUCCAGAAACAAACUAUUCAUUACCAGAUCAGGAUGAUGUUGAGAUGUUCAUAAGAGCAUUCCAUGAACGUAAUAAUCCUAACCCAUCUGAGGGCCUUGUAACACCGGGUUCAUAUCUCAUGUUCUGCAUCGAACCGCAUUGGACGAAGAACGAAAUUGAGCUAAGCCAGAAGAUUGCACCAACAACGGUCAUCGGCGUAGUUCAAAAUAGCGACCAAGAACCCGAUUCCGCUAGCUUAUCCGAUAAGGUCGAUAUCAUUGACGGUCACUUCGGAGUAGUAUCGAAGACUGGACUUUUCUUAAAGGCUACUAAUUUCUCUCAUGCGAACGAAACUACCGAGCAGCCUCAAUCAUUCACCACAAAAGUCGACCUUCCACGAGCUUCUUUUCUCUUAUGA